UUCCUCUCCAUAGUAGAAAUAACAACUAAAGCUUUCAUAUAGAUGUUGAUGCGUCAAUUUUAUUAAUUUAUCUCAGUUUUUAAUUUAAUUGAGUUCACAAAUCUGAUCGAAUGCACUAUUGUUUUACAAUUUUCCAGAUGAUUUCUUUGGAAUAAAAGAAUUAAGCGCACGUGAACCUAAAUGUGAGGAAACAGGAAGCAUGGAGCCUGCGAGUGUGGAGAACCUGUGCGUGUUGUACCACAGUGCUGAUUACUUGGUGCUCAAUAAACACUGGGACAUUCGCAUCGACAGCAAACUGUGGAGUGAAACUCGUACAGUGCAGAAACAGCUGAAGCACAGAUUCCCUCAGCUUGUAGACCCUCGGACUCACUACGGCUUCAGGUUCUGCCAUCAGCUGGACUUUUCCACCAGCGGUGCGCUGUGUGUGGCUCUGAAUAAAGCUGCAGCUGGACGAGCAUUUCGCUGUUUCAAAGACAGAACAGUAACCAAGGCUUACCUCGCUCUGGUUCGAGGCACCGUGGCUGAGAGCAGGAUGACGCUGGACGCCGCCAUCGGGAAAAACGCCACCGAGGGAAAAACACACAUGAUGUGUGUGGAAGGAACAGAAGGAUGUGAGAGUCCCAAAAUGAGCCAAACUUUAUUAAGUGUGUUGGAAUACGGAUCAUACGACGGAGAGCCGGUUACUAAAGUUCUUCUGCAGCCUCUUACAGGGCGCACGCAUCAGCUCCGAGUGCACUGCAGCUCCGUGGGUCACGCCGUCGUAGGCGACGUCACGUACAGUCUCGGCGCAGACAGCACUCCGUAUCGCAUGAUGCUGCACGCCUACUUCCUCCGAAUCCCUCUGGAGCACGAGGUCAUCGAGGUCACGGCUUCCGAUCCAUUCGUCUCUAAACUCGACCCCAAUUGGACUCCAAAAACACGCAUUCGAAACCUCCAGAGCUUAAUGACUGAAAUCGUAACAAAAACCAAAGCUGACGAGCGACAGACGGAGGAGGAGAAGCUAGCGAGUGAAGAAGAGAAGAAGCGGAGGAGGAGGAAGACUGUGGAGGAGAGUGAGGAGGAUCGAGUGCAGUGUCAACAGUGGCUCUCUGAAUGGACGCUCAGCGACUAAUCCUUUCUUUGUUUUUUAUAUUUAUCUUAUUACUUUUUAGAACGAACGAAUCACAUCAGUCUUUUCUUGUGUUUUUAUGUUUUCACUUUAUUUUUAAGAAUCACUGAGCAGUGUUUUAACUGUAAAGGAUCAUUAGCCAGAGCAACACUUUAUAGGACACGUUAUACGGAUUAAAGCCAAAAUAAAGACGUAGAUCAGAUUCCAGUCA